UGAUGUGGGCAAUGCCACGGUCAGUGCAUGUCGCGCGGUUGCAUGUGGAGGUUGUGUUGUUCCCUCACGUCCCGGCUUCGAAUACGAAUGCCUGUGAAAUAAAUAUAAAUAUUUAAUUGUGUAUAUCAAGAUGGUUUGUAAAGUUGCACCAAGCGAUGGCACUCCGACACACAGGACCGUGGGCAGUGACAGCCAGGAUCAAGCGCAAGGCGUGGCCGACUAUGAGACUGCUCUGGAUUUAGCAGGGUAUGGUCGCUUCAGCAGGAGCGUGCUGGGUGCAUGCGCAUGCGCAUUCUUCACGACGGGCGUGCAGAACUGCGUAAUGUCUUACGUGCUGCCGGCAGCCAAGUGCGAGUUGAACCUCACUACAUACCAGGCAGGACUUGUCAACAUGGCGUUUAUGUGCGGUGGCGUUGCCAGCGCUUUCUUCUGGGGCAUAGUUGCGGAUGUCUUUGGCAGACGGACGAUCCUUAGCGCUACUCUCCUCAUCGACUCUGUAAUACUGCUGGCUCAGAGCACCGUAUCAGACUACCGUAUACUGCUCGCAGCGAGGACUGUUAAUGGUUUCUUAAUUGGUGGGCCGUCAACAAUCGUGUUUACGUACUUAUCAGACCUGGUGGGCAUGAAGCGUCGCCAGCUGUACUUGAACAUAACAGGAAUGAGCUUUGUGGCCGCCUGGCUUAUACUACCCGCUGUAGCGUGGUUGGUGAUACCAUUCAAAUUGGAGAGCCACUCCCAGUUGCCUAUACAUUCCUGGCGGCUGUACUUGGCGCUGGGCAGCAUCCCGGGCUUCCUGGCCGGCAUGUGGGUGCUGCUGCUACCGGAGAGUCCUCGACUGCUCUGUGAUACCAACAGGAGUGAGAUGGCGCUGAAGCUAUUGACUAAAAUACAUAGAUGCAAUAUGGGAUUCGCAGGAGAAUUUAAGGUAAAGAAGUUAAUACCCGAUAAUAUAUUCGUGGCAAAGUCUGUUAAUGGAGAAGAGAACAGAACGAAGAUUUUAUUCAUCGGUGUGUUGAAGGAUUUGAAGAUGUUUGUGUCUAAAACGUACGCUUUGAAAUCAACACUGAUUCUUUUUGUCUUCUUCGCGAAUAUGGCUGCCGGUUUCGGCUUAAACCUCUGGAUCCCAGAACUCCUGCUCCGCAUGCAAGGCAAGGAAUGCGCAUAUGCGCGUAGCAUACCUGAAACCGCAAAGCUAUUCAAUGCCAGCAACGUCGCGUGGAAAGAAUUAUCUAAAGUUCAUGACGACAGUUUAGAAAUAGACAAGUUUAAUGGAACACUUUUUAACGCGCAUGAGGCAGUAGGAAGUAGUGUUAGGUGUGAUGGGAACAUUGAUAGCGCUGUGUUCACGUCUGGAUUGAUAGUGGGUGUGUGUUGCGUGCUCGGCAAUGCAGCAUGCGCGGUACUGAGUGGACGAGGGGGAGCGCGCGGAGUACAGCGGGCAGCCGCGGCUUGCGCGCUGGCUUGCGCCCUAGCUUGCGCGUGUCUUGCGGCUUGCGCUUGCUCUUGUGCGACCUCUAGUAAGGUGGCGGUUGCAGCGGCUGCAGCGCUGAAUGCUGCCUCGCUGAACGGCAAUGUACUACUGAUCAGACUACUCCUGCACGCGCUGCCAGCUAAAUUGAGUGGACUGGGUGUGUGCUGGGGCGCGUGGUGGGGCCGUGCUGGUGGCGUGGUAUCCAACUUGGCGGUAGGAGUCCUGUUGGACUACUCCUGUCCCGCGCCCUUCGUCUCCGUAGCCGGUUUAUUAACAAUUUCAAUUGGUGCGAUUAUGAUGAUAAAACUGGAUGAACAAAAUAAUAAUGAAACGGUAGAAGAGAAGACUGAACCAGAGAAUGAGAAGUACACCGGACUAGACAGAUACAUCUCCACUCAUAUGUAGUAGGAGAUAGGGACUACAAGUGAAGAUUUGUAGUGAUGUGACAAAGUUGACAAUGAUAUUAUUUAAAACAUUAAAUAACCUAAAAUAUCAGUUGUAACGUAAGAAAGUGUUGUCUUAACUGUAAAAAAAACUACUUUAAUAAACAAAUAAACUUUUGUUGUCUCGGUGUUUUUAAAGAAAAUGAAAGUGACGACACAAUGCUAAGAUUGACUUUGUAAAGGGCUUGUGUCGUUUCAACUUAGGCGUUGCAGUGUGGUAUAAUUAAUCAAGAUAGACUAAAGAUUUUAGUGAUGCAUAUUGAUUUGACCAUUUAUUUGAAGACAUACAAAAGAAAUACAUGAUGGUUUCAGAUUAUUUUAAAUGAAAACUUAAAAUUUUCUAGAAUAAUUAUUAUUUAUAUACUAAAGUUCUUAUAUUUUUAGGCCAAUUUUAAGUUCGCGCUGGGCGAAAAAGCCUUCUGUGAUCUCUUAAAGAACUCUUAGACAUAUCCUUAGUUUGUACUGUUAUUAGUGUUAAUUAAAACGUAAGUAUAUUUUAAUUAACUUCUAAAUAAAACGUUACAAUUGCUAAAUAUUCGAAUGUAUUUAAAAUGUUUAUUAAAACUAGAAAAAUUUCGAUGUCUGAUAGCGAAUAGUAUGUUUUAUACAAAGAAUAUUUAAGAAACUUUAUUUAUAUAUAAUAUUUGUACACAGAAUUGAACAU